UAUCCUCUAAAACGCUCUGGUGGCAAACAAACUUUACUGCCCUGUUUCCAAUUGUCCACAUGGCUGGGAGAACCUGUUCAACAUAGUGGUCUAAACUCUGCAGACAGCCACUAUGACAGACUGUACCCGGGCCACAUCCCUACCAACGUCAUCCAGAAAGCACUGCUGGCUGUGGGCCCUGGGGUGGCAGCCCUGCAGGACCCCUACAGACAUGACAUGGUGGCAGUUCUCGGCGAGACUACAGGACACCUGGCCCUAAUUACGCCCCGGGACAGAAUAAGAGGAGACCCUGAGGGCUAUACCAUUCUAACAGAGCGCCCACGGAUCAGGCUAUCCACAUUGGAUCUGUCCAAGAUGGCCUUCCUUCCAGAUGGAUCCUUAGGGAAAGAGUACUUGCGCUUCCUUGAGGACAAUAGGGUGACCCCUGACUCAAGGGCAGAUGUGAAGUUUGUGGAUAAUGAAGAGUUGGCAUAUGUUAUACAGAGAUACAGAGAGGUCCACGAUUUACUGCACAGCUUACUAGGCUUGCCCACUAACAUGCUAGAUACAAAUGACCACGCCAUUGAAAUGCAGACAGUCAGCUUUAAUUUGAGAAUAUUUUCAUCCAUAUCAGGUGAACCGUUUAGAAAUUUAGAAAUUACAGCACUUUUUGCUUCCAUGACUGAUGUUGAUGGGAUUUGGAGGAUGAUGGAGGCAACAGUGGAAAGAGUCUCAGAUCCACAAAUUCCUUUCCACCAGGUGGCCGAUUGA